AGCACAACUGGUGUCUUGAGUUCUGCUUCUACCACUUCCAACAGGUCAAGAAAUAAAACUCGCUAUCGAACCAAAGCUGUGAGCUCCGAGGUGGAUGAAAGCCUCUUCGGCGGCAUUAAGCUCCUAACACAGGCUCCCAGUGACAGCCCUAUUGUGCUCCUCCAAGAUAAGCAUAUCAUUCAGAAAACUCUCACGGCAUCAUGCAUGGAACACAAGCCGGAGACCAUCCAACUCAUAACUCGGGACAUGGUCCGGGAACUCAUUGUCCCCACAGAGGAUCCUUCUGGGGAAUCCCUUAUCAUCAGCUCUGAGGAGUUUGAGCGGAUCAAGUGGGCAUCCCACAUCCUGACCAGGGAAGAACUUGAAGCCAAGGAGCAGGCCUUCAAGAUGGAGAAAGAAGCCAUCAUGGAUGCAGUGACAACACGCAAGAAGAUCAUGAAACAGAAGGAAAUGGUGUGCAAGAGCAACAAGAAGCUCAGUGACUCUGAGGAAGUGGCCAAGGAGAGGGCCCAGAACCUCCUGCAGAGAGCCAACAAACUGAGGAUGGAGCAGGAGGAGGAGCUCAAGGACAUGAGCAAGAUCAUUCUCAAUGCCAAGUGCCAUGCCAUCCGGGAUGCCCAAAUCCUGGAGAAGCAGCUGAUCCAAAAAGAAUUGGAAACAGAGGAGAAGAGGUUGGAUCAGAUGAUGGAAACAGAGCGGCAGAAAUCCAUUCAAAGGCAGGAGGAACUGGACAAGAGGAGAAGAGAGGAAAGAAUCCGAGGAAGACGGCACAUUGUGGAGCAGAUGGAAAAGAACCAGGAAGAGCGAUCACUCCUUGCCGAGCAGCGGGAGCAGGAGAAGGAACAGAUGCUGGAAUAUAUGGAAAAGCUCCAAGAGGAGGAUCUAAAGGACAUGGAACGAAGGCACCAGGAAAAAUUAAAGAUGCAAGCUGAGAUCAAGCGCAUCAAUGAUGAAAACCAGAAACAGAAAGCAGAACUGCUGGCUCAGGAGAAACUGGCAGACCAGAUGGUAAUGGAGUUCACCAAGAAGAAGAUGGCUCGAGAAGCAGAGUUUGAGGCAGAGCAGGAGAGGAUCCGGAGAGAGAAAGAGAAGGAGAUCGCCCGCCUGAGAGCCAUGCAGGAGAAGGCCCAGGACUUCCAGGCAGAACAGGAUGCCUUGAGGGCCAAGCGCAACCAGGAAGUUGCAGACAGAGAAUGGCGCAGAAAGGAAAAGGAGAAUGCACAGAAGAAGAUGGAAACAGAGGCCAUGCUGCGCAAGAGUCGGCUGGAACAGGUGGCUUUCAAGGAGCACUCUUUAGCUGUUCAGGUGCAACGGGACCGAGAAGAGUUUGAGAGGAUUCUUCGGGCCCAGAGAGAACAGAUUGAAAAGGAACGGCUGGAGGAGGAGAAAAAGGCCACAGGGCGCCAGCAGCAUGCCAACGAGCUCAGGCGCCAGGUACGAGAGAAUCAGCAGAAGCAGGUGCAGGAACGGAUUGCUACUUUUGAGGAGGGCCGGCGCCUCAAAGAGGAGGCCCAGAGGCGUCGUGAACGCAUGGAUGACAUCAAGAAGAAAAAGCUUGAAGAGCUGAGAGCCACUGGUCUUCCUGAGAAGUAUUGCAUCGAAGCUGAACGCAAAGCUAACAUCCUGCCAGUCACCUCUGUGAACUGA